UCAAGAGUCCAGAGCCCCCCUAAUCAAUAAUCCAGAGCCCCCCUAACCAUUACUCCACACUGACUGUCGAUUGGACUAAAUAAGGCAAAUCCGCAUUGCUAGGCUGUUAACAUCUGUUGCUAAGGAACUAACAGUAAUGGCAGACAUAGCUUAAACAUCGAUGAACAGAAUGCGUUUAACCUGCUAAAGUGAUGUGUUUUGCUCAGGUUCAAUGACAAAGCCUUCGGUGUCCUUGGUGUCCAGUUAUCCUUCAUUUCUAACUGGUGAAGAAGCCAGCAUCACCUGCACUGGCCCAUCCAGACUGCACACCAGUACUGAUUUCUAUCUGUACAGAAGUGGUUCUGGCAACUACAUCACAACACAGAGAGCUGAACCUUCACAGACCAGCGUGACGUUCAUUCUGUCCGACCUCUCUGAGUCAAAGCAAGGCAGCUACAGCUGUGUGUAUAAAGUAACAGUGAGAAGUGAGACCUUCAGCUCCCCUCACAGUGACCCUGUACACAUCGCAGUGGGUUCAAUGACAAAGCCUUCAGUGUCCUUGGUGUCCAGUUAUCCUUCAUUUCUACCUGGUGAAGAAGCCAGCAUCACCUGCACUGGCCCCUCCAGACUGCACAGCAGCACUGUUUUCUAUCUGUACAGAAGUGGCUCUGGCAACUACAUCACAACACAGAGAGCUGCACCUUCACAGACCAGCGUGACGUUCAUUCUGUCCGACCUCUCUGAGUCAAAGCAAGGCAGCUACAGCUGUGUGUAUAAAGUAACAGGGAGAAGUGAGACCUUCAGCUCCCCUCACAGUGACCCUGUACACAUCGCAGUGGGUUCAAUGACAAAGCCUUCAGUGUCCUUGGUGUCCAGUUAUCCUUCAUUUCUACCUGGUGAAGAGGCCAGCAUCACCUGCAAUGGCCCCUCCAGACUGCACAGCAGCACUGUUUUCUAUCUGUACAGAAGUGGCUCUGGCAACUACAUCACAACACAGAGAGCUGCACCUUCACAGACCAGUGUGACGUUCAUUCUGUCCGACCUCUCUGAGUCAAAGCAAGGCAGCUACAGCUGUGUGUAUAAAGUAACAGGGAGAAGUGAGACCUUCAGCUCCCCUCACAGUGACCCUGUACACAUCGCAGUGGGUUCAAUGACAAAGCCUUCAGUGUCCUUGGUGUCCAGUUAUCCUUCAUUUCUACCUGGUGAAGAAGCCAGCAUCACCUGCACUGGCCCCUCCAGACUGCACAGCAGCACUGUUUUCUAUCUGUACAGAAGUGGUUCUGGCAACUACAUCACAACACAGAGAGCUGCACCUUCACAGACCAGUGUGACUUUCAUUCUGUCCGACCUCUCUGAGUCAAAGCAAGGCAGCUACAGCUGUGUGUAUAAAGUAACGGGGAGAAGUGAGACCUUCAGCUCACCUCACAGUGACCCUGUACACAUCACAGUGGGUGAGUGGACUUCUAUUAGCUAUACUGCUGCUGACACUGUCCUUCUCUUGAAUCUGUUGGUAACCAAUGAACACACAACUCUGUUCAGAACAAAGAUGUUUAAUCUUCUGCUCUAA